UCCCAGCGCAGCCGCAGCCGGGGAGACGAAGAUGGUGCUCAUCAAGGAAUACCGUGUAGUCUUGCCGGUCUCUGUGGAGGAGUAUCAAGUAGGGCAGCUGUACUCUGUGGCUGAGGCCAGCAAGAAUGAGACGGGAGGAGGAGAAGGCAUCGAGGUGCUGACAAACGAGCCCUAUGAGAAGGAAGGGGAAAAGGGACAAUACACACAUAAAAUCUACCAUCUAAAGAGUAAAGUCCCAGGUUUUGUGAAGAUGAUCGCACCAGAAGGAGCAUUAGUUUUCCAUGAAAAGGCUUGGAAUGCCUACCCAUACUGUCGCACUAUUGUGACGAAUGAGUACAUGAAGGACGACUUCAUGAUAAAGAUAGAGACGUGGCACAAACCUGACAUGGGAACAGUAGAAAAUGUGCAUGACCUGGAUGAAACUACGUGGAAGACUGUGGAGGUAGUUCCCAUAGAUAUUACAAACAGAGAUGAAGUGGCCUCUGGGGACUACAAGCAAGAGGAAGAUCCAUCUCUUUUCCACUCUGUUAAGACAGGCAGAGGACCUCUGGGCCCUGACUGGAAGAAUGAGCUGAAGGCAGAUUGUCCAUAUAUGUGCGCAUACAAACUGGUCACUGUCAAGUUCAGAUGGUGGGGUCUGCAGAGCAAAGUGGAGAACUUCAUCCACAGGCAAGAAAGACGUAUUUUCACCAACUUCCACCGCCAGCUAUUCUGCUGGAUUGACAACUGGGUGGGUUUGACCAUGGAAGACAUCAGGCGGAUGGAGGAGGAGACUCAGAAAGAACUUGAGGAGAUGCGUCAGAAAGGAGAUGUGCGAGGCACCUCUGCAACGGAAGAGUAGGCCCGCCCCUGUAGGUCAAACCUAGAGGCAGGCUGACUACGUAAAACAGGUCCGAUUCGAGGCACCAGUGCUGCUCAUGAGCAAUGAGGCAAAUCAACCAAACCCUGUCAUGAUGAUGUCAUCAGAGACACAUCCACCAUGAUGAGGAAGUGGCCCUGACGUCUGCUCUUCUCCUCCUGUCUCACAUGAUUCAUUGGGGGGUUUGACAAGAUUGGUUAACAGUACUGUACAGAUCCUAUCCCAAUCACAAGCCUCCUAUUCACUCAGAAAAAAACAACUGGUUUUGCAUACAUAUAAAAAGAAAAAAAAAACUUUGCACAGAACGUAAAUUGCCUGAUAUGUAAUUGUUAGUUGAGUAUCAAAAUGGGCUUUGUUUUUAUUCAGAUGUGUAAACCGUGACUCAGAAAGUCAAGCCUUUUGAAUUGGGUAGAAUGUUGUUUUAGUUCCUGGUAUAAAGGCUCCCACAAUAAUUGGUAUGAGAUCACCUAAACAGGUAUUGGACCAUUUUUUCCUCCCUACAUUUCCCCUCUUGUAUUAUAAAUGUCUCUAGUUACUUUUAUCCUUUUCUCCCCCCCACAACAUUGUCUAUAUUCUUGUCCAGGUAAAAAUUUGUAUAGAUCUGCCCCCCUUUGUCUCGUCUCACUAUCCCCUCUGUCUGGCAGUUGGUUGGAAAUGAUGUUCUUUUUGUUUUGUUUUGUUUCUUUAUAGUUUGGAUUUUGAGGCUAAUCCAUACCUGUUUAUUAUGGUUCCAAGGAAGUAAAAUGCGAAUGCAUGGUAAAUAAUUCUUUGCUACUAUCCUCCCACACAUGCACACGCCCACAUGUCCCACAUUUACACAUGCACUCUGACACUUCUCCUCACAAGUGCAUGUGGACAACAGCAACUCCUCAGUAACUGGCAUUGCACGAGUGUUCAGUCGCUGCAAUGCAGCUUUGCUCAAGUGGAUUGUCUGUUUAUUAGAGGGAGGGUUAGUGCCCACUACAAAAUUUGGAGUAUGGGUCAGAGAGUUUGUACAAUACAUCUCUGCAUCUGCGUGUUAGUGUGUGCAUCUGUGUGCUUGUUUGUGUCAUCAUCUGCCUUUACUCUUAAGGACGUUUCACUCUGAGGAGUGAGAUGGAAAAUGUUCAGCUAACACUAUCAGGAUUGCUGCUUCUAAGUGGUUUUAGCACACAGCAGUGCUUUCACUUCAUGAUCAGCAUGUUGAACUUGCCUCAUGCUGUUGCUGCAUGUCCCCUCCCCCUGGCUAGGGCUUUAAGUAGAGGGCUUGUGGUCCCAAAGCCUCCCAAGAGCUUUUAUUUUACUAAAACAGAGACGAGAAUGAGAAUCUGUGUUUGCGCGUGCAUGAAGGUAGAAUUGUUCUUACAGAACCUUUCUUGCGCUCUCCCUUCAUCUUUCUCUCACUCUCUCUCGCUCUCUCUCUCUCUCUCUCUCUCUCUCUCUCAAAACUGACUGAGCAUAUGGGUCCAGGCAGAUCUGCAAUGUUUGUUGCAGUUGUGGAUUGACAAGCAUUCUGGGUAUUUAGAUAUUUUAUUACUUUUUCUUUGAGAAGGGUUGUGUGUGUGUGUGUGUGUGUCUGUGUGUGUGUGUUGUACCAUGUAAAGUGAUUUUAGCAUUUUAUUUACCUUAACUACAGGAGAGUGUGAGGUCAUUCUGAACAUGUCUUGAUUUUUAUUAUUAAGGUUGAAAUUGCUUUGAAAAAAAUUGGACUUUUACCCACAAGGUUGGAAUAGGGUAAAAAGGGUCAAACGGUAUAAGUCAUGAUCUUCAAGCAGAUGGUGACUUUAUUCUGCCCUCUAUCUUGCUCCAGCUCUUUUUGGCUGCCCUCGGUUCUGUUUAUCUGACUUCAGGUUGUAGCAUCUUUAUCAAAGCAAGACGUUGCUUUUGUUCUCUCUAUUUUAGUUUAAGGCAGAUCCUAUUGGGCACUAGCUUAAGUAUUUUGUAAUGUUUUAUAUGAUCAGGAUGUAUCUUAGUAUUACAGUUGUGAUUAAGAUGUUUAUUUAGACAUGUGUGACAGCCAGUGUCUCCAAAAUUCAUUUCAUUUAACCUAUAUCUGUGCACACUGUAUUGGAGGGGCUUAAAGAGGGGGUCAUAAGUGUACAUUUCAGUAUGCCUAUUGUACAAAUAGGUCAACUUUACAGAUAUCGACUUGAACUGAAUAGUCACAGCUACUAAGCAUUGUCAGGUCUUAUCAUUUUUUUCCAAUACUGUACUGGUAACAGUAACUUCAAGUAAAUGAUGUUCUCAGAGCAGGUAAUGUCAGCUCUGUGGACGGUGUGCUAUUGAUCACAGUAUGUAAGGUAAUGCAUGCUAUCCAAGUGUUGUUUCACAUACCAUGGGUUUAACUGUACCUCAUCCAUGCCUAUGAAUGUACAGGUUUACUUAUGAGAAGAUGCAUGUGUCAGAUUAUGCAGGAAGUUGGGGAACUGCAGGAAAUAUGACAUAUUUUACACCUGUACAAGCCUGACAUGUAUCCAUGAAAUCACUGUUACAUGAGGAUGAAUGACUUUAGAAAACACAAUUGAAAGAUUUUUUUCCAUGGUAACAACUCCAGAGUUUGAUGUGCAUGCUCUUUUUUUCAAUUAUUUGCAGUUUCCUUUCUUUUGUCUAGAUAUCCAAUUAUGUUUGAUCCAGUGCUUUUGAGAAGCUCUUUAACUGCAUCAGACAAGAAGGGAAAUAAUGAAGGGAAGGUUCUCCUCAAAAUCAAACUGGAUUCAGCUUGACCUCAGACUGCUCCUGAGGAGUUAAAAGUUCUGACUGAGUUUGAUAAUGAUGGGAAUUGUCCUCUAGACUAGACUAGACUAGACUGUGUGAUGUACAUUUUUGUAGCAUUACCAGUGAUGCCAGCCAGGGUAUGACUGUGAGGGGAGGGAUAGCAGCAUAGGGAACAGAUUGAGUCCAAAAUACUGUAUCUUUCUUGUAAUCAUGAAUAAGCACUUGCAAAAUCUACUGUUUCAUUUGUUUUGUUCUGUUUUGUUUUUUGUUUUUUUCUUUUUUGAAAGACAAAGUUUCACAAUGCAUUCAAUUUUCUCUUUUCUGAUAAGGUGAAAUUCAGGGGAAUUAGUAGUGAAUGUAAUACAAUUAGUUUGUUUUCUCCCACAGCUUUCAGGCUGUGAAAGAAGGUCUAGACAAUGGAACAUAACAGAAUAUCUAAUAAAUUUGAACAAAUAAGAAAA